AAAAGUCAUCGUAACUUCUCUAUUGAAACAUAAAUAUUUCUCGUUUCACCUGGUUACAAUAUUCAAAUCGUUCAAUUCCCCCGAUUUCGUAUCGAAGUGACCCGUCAGUUUGUCGUUUAAUAUGCAGUUGAUUUAAUUUUAAAUUUUAAUUUUGUCGAUUCUCUCUCCCGAUCGGUUUUGAAGCAACACUAAUAUUUUGAUUGCGGUUUGAGCAGUAUCAUUGCUUUCCAACUGUGAAAACAUACUAUCUUUUCCGAUUUCAACGUAAACUUUCGUGUGGUUUCCUGUGUUUUUCCCGAACAGCGGUAAACAACUUGAUAGGAAUACUCGAAAAAAAAUUAAUUUGAUAUUUACGUAUAUAUUGAGCUUUUCUUCUUUUACCAAAUACUGUGAUUUGUGCAAUCAGGGAAGAAACUGGCAAAAUGAUGUGCCCCAUAUCAGGUCUUGUACAAUUUUUGAUAGUCUUGGUGACUCUACUUCUCAUGUGCCAUGCUGUGGUUGUCAGGAGUUUCAGUGUCAAAUUCAACCCAAAUUCAACUACUGUACAUAUGUAUAGCAAAGCGGAAAUACAAUAUGAAAUAACUGAUUUUCCCCCAGAUGAGACAAGCUGUUUACUUUACAGUGACAACGAACAUGUGGCAUCACUGGAUAAAGAAUUUAUCAUAUCGAGCUCUCAUAAUUUGACAGGGUCUUUCAAUAUAACUGCAAAUUUCUUGGGUGGUUCUCUGGUGAAAUGCAGAGGUGUCAAAACGAAGAAAGUUGCUGAAGGGCAACUUGACGUCAUAGUUGUUCGUAAAAAACGAAUUAUCGAUACCAUUUUCACGGCUUCUGUUGCUACUCUCGUCAGCAUCCUGUAUAUCAAUUUCGGAUGUGCCAUAGACUGGGGAGAGCUGCGGAAUAUAUUGAAGAGACCCGUAGGACCUUCCAUCGGAUUUUUCGGGCAUUUCUUUGUUAUGCCUAUGUUAAGUUACGUACUUGGAUUGAUACUCUUUCCGCAAAACCCCGAAAUGCAGCUAGGUAUGUUUUUCACAGGGGUAUCCCCCGCUGGAGGGGCUUCAAACGUUUGGGCAGUCCUGCUCGAAGGAAACUUGAAUCUCUCUAUAAUAAUGACUACCAUAAGUACCAUAUCGGCCUUCGCCAUGAUGCCCCUGUGGCUUUUCACGCUCGGUAGGGUUAUUUUUCAAAACGCUAGGCUCAAAGUGCCCUACAUGGAGAUCAUGACCUAUGUCAUAGCAUUGGUGGUACCAUUGGCUAUAGGGUAUUUCAUACAGAGGUACAUGAAAAGAGUGGCUCAUUUCAUGACGAAGAUAAUCAAGGGGUUUUCGUCUUGUUUAAUCAUGUUCAUCGUGGUUUUCGCAAUCGUCACAAAUUUGUACCUGUUUGAGCUGUUUUCCUGGCAGAUUAUUGUUUCUGGUAUGGCGCUGCCCUGGUUAGGAUAUCUUUCAGGAUAUUUAUUGGCAAAACUGUUCAGACAAAAUUACGCUGAUGCUCUGACAAUAGCUAUAGAAGUUGGGAUACAGAACACUGGAAUAGCAAUAUUUUUACUAAGGUUUGCUUUACCACAACCGCAGGCAGACCUCACCACAGUUGCCCCAGUUUCUGUUGCAGUACUGACACCGUUUCCUUUAUUGGGUCUUUUGAUUCUGAAGAAACUCAAAUCGAGGUUAUACCCCUCUCACUCCAAGUUAAAUUGUCAAGAAGAACCAAUAAAGAGUAUAAAUCAUCUCAACGAGGAACUAACCACGUUGCCCUAGCUACUGUUUCAUUAUCAGUUUCAAUUGUAGUUUUGUGAUAGGCCUGAGAGUACCCCUUAAUAAUUGUGCAGUAUUUUUUUUUGAUUUUAUAAAAUUGUUUUUUUAUUGAUUCUUUGUUAAUUUUACAUGUCGGAUUAUAAAUUUGUGAAGUUUG